AUGGCCGAGAACAGCGCUACUAUUCCCCAGGAUCCCACCAAGAUCCAGGAGGAUACCGUCGCCGAGUCCAAGGGCAAGGGCGCUGCUGCCCCUGAGGAUAUCCAUGAGGACACUGCCAUGGAUGAGGAUGAUGAUGAUGAUGACAGUGACGAUGAUGAGGAGGUCGUCGAAGCUGAUGAGGACGGCAUGGAGGAGAUUGAUCUCAACAACAUCGUCGAGGGUGGCCGUCGCACCCGAGGCGCCGUCAUCGACUUUGCCAAGGCUGCCGAGCAACAUCCCGCCGAGGACGAGGAUGAGGAGGAUGAUGACGACUUCCAGCCCACCGAGGAUGUCAAGAUGUCCGACUAA